ACUGAGUCGCAAGGUCACAUGACCUGGGUGUGCUGUUGUAUUGCGAAGUACAUACACCUGCCCUAAUUUGAGACGGAACGACGAGAUAGUUGGUCUGGAAUUGGGAAAAGCCCCUAGGAAGAUAAUCGUGGAUAGUUUUCUUCGCUUCAGGAUUUUUUUUAUAACGAUUAAUUAGUUUCUGGGCAGUUUCCACCGAGCUGACUGGCGUCCAUCAGACCUGUCAAUAGUUAAACGAGGAAGUGCGCUUGACUCAUCGCUCGGGCCAUAUCCACCUAUGGCUACAAGUCGUAUAUUGAUCUUUUUUUAAUCACUCAUAUAUGCAACGCAUUUAUUAUUUUAGUCCCAGUGCGAUGUUCAGAGUCAAGCGACGUUUAUGGUAAAGUAAUUCGAGUUUGAUCGCACUAAACUCUCACAGGUGUUGACACUGUAGCAGGAUGAAUGAGUCCGGGUCCUCUACGACAAAUUUCAGCACUCUGUCAGUGGAUUCAGAUAAAAACAUGGAUAAUUCAGUCCCUUUGUCAUCAUUCUCAAUGCUGUCAAACAUAACCAACAUGUCUAACAUGACCGUGAUCAGAUCAAGUAAUGGGACAGAAGUAGUGGAGGACGACAAGCUCUUCCUCAACACCCCCACGGCCCAAGCCUUGUCAGGGAUUUUCGUUUGGUCUGCGCUCCUCAUCACCUGUCAUCAGAUAUACCUGCACCUAAGGUCGUACACGGUGCCAAAUGAGCAGCGCUACAUCAUCCGCAUCCUUUUCAUCGUCCCCAUCUAUGCUUUCGACUCCUGGCUCAGCCUGCUGUUCAUCAGUAAUGACCAGUAUUAUGUGUAUUUCGACUCCGUUCGUGACUGUUAUGAAGCAUUUGUCAUAUACAACUUCCUGAGUCUGUCUUUUGAGUACCUUGGAGGCGAAAGUGCCAUCAUGUCGGAAAUAAGAGGAAAGCCUAUUGAGUCUAGUUGCCUGUAUGGGACGUGCUGUUUGGUAGGAAUGAGUUACUCCAUUGGCUUCCUGAGAUUCUGCAAGCAGGCCACACUUCAGUUCUGUGUCGUGAAGCCCAUCAUGGCUGUCAUCACCAUCCUUCUGCAGGCUUUUGGCAAAUAUCACGAUGGAGAUUUUAAUGUAACGGGAGGUUACCUUUACAUCACCAUCAUCUACAACAUCUCUGUCAGUUUGGCUCUCUAUGCGCUCUUCCUCUUCUACUUCGCCACCAGUGACCUUCUGAGACCUUUUGAGCCUGUGCUCAAAUUCCUCACCAUCAAAUCCGUCAUCUUCCUCUCCUUCUGGCAAGGUAUGUUAUUGGCCAUUCUGGAGCGAUGUGGUGUGAUCCCAAAAGCUCUGGUCAUCGAUGGUCAUGAAGUGGGGGCUGGUUCAGUGGCAGCUGGUUGGCAGAACUUCAUCAUCUGCAUCGAAAUGUUCUUCGCCUCCAUCGCCCUCCGCUACGCCUUCACCUCCAGUGCGUACCGCGAGAAGAAGAGUGAAGCACCAGAGAAUGUAGCACCUAUGCACAGCAUAUCCAGUGGCCUGAAGGAGACCAUUAACCCCGGAGACAUGGUUCAGGAUGCAAUCCACAACUUCUCUCCAGCUUACCAACAGUAUACCCAGCAGUCCACCCAGGAAGUGGUGCAACCCAACAUGAAUGGCAAACCAGGGACCAGCACCUCCAAGAGUUCAAAGAAAUCUGAUAAAGUGAUGCUGAUCGACACAGAUGAUGAGUUCUAGUGCCCUGUCUGUCCUGAUCUAUCUAUUUAUUUAAUCCGAAAUGAAUUUGACUCUUUAGAACUUUAAUAAGGACCCUUAAUCAUGUAAAUCCGCUCAUGAUUUUUAUUUUAAUUUUUUUAAAGAGAGCUUAAUAAAGGGAUCUGAACAGUUUCCUAACAAGUAGACAACAUCAAGCAGGGGUGAGGCAUGCCCGUUAAACAUGAGGCACAGGGAGCUGUUCAGAUGGAAUGAAUCAGAGACCGACGCUUUAGGGAGCCAUUCUUGCAUCUGGUCUUUUGAAGUAUUUGCUCAGCUGCCCUCUGCUGGGUCUCAGGAUGAAUUGAACUGGCUCUCAGAGAUGCCCUGGCUUUGGAGAUCGCACUUCAAACUGUUGUCUGCUGCUCUUUGAAACCUUUGUAUCAAUCAUGCCACUCUGAGCAGUGCCCCCACUUGAUUUGGAGGUUCAUUAAUUUUCACACCAGACCUUCAAAGAGUGUGAGAUCUGAUGCAAAAAUGCAAGUCUCAGCCAUCAUGGUGUAUUUUAAUUGCAAAUCGUUUGUAUUCAACAAUUAUUUGGUUGGUUAAAGCAUUAACCUGUGACAAGUGUAUAAUGGCACAGGUGUUAAUUUGUUAAUGUUAAAUUAUGUUGUUUAGUUCUCCACUGUUUGCCGUUCAAAGGCGGUUUGCCUAAAUUGUUUGUAAGCAGUCCACCAUGAAAGGUGAUUUAGUUAAUUAUCAGACAAAGCUAUUGAAAUGUUUAUUUAUUACAGCUUACCACAAAGUAAGUCCUGGUCAGUACUUUCUAAACAGAGUUUAAAGUCCUGUCUUUUAAAGUUUCUGACCGCACCCUGUUUUGUCUUGAUAGAGAAUUGUUUUCAAAAUGUUUGUUGAUGUAUUUGUUAAUCUACUCCUGUAGUUCAUUUGAUCACGUUUUGCAAAUACUAUCAUCAAAGAUAUGGGCUUCAAAAUGAAAUGACCUAUGUUUUGUGAUUCAAAGUUGCUGUCUUCACUUUACAGACAAAAUAAGUUGACUUGUUUUGUCUAAAUGUAUGCAUGUUUGUCAUCUUUGUUAAAUGAAUGUUAAGAAGCAGCAUUAUGAGAGUAUGACUUGUGCCAAUGAUUGCUGCCUUACAGCUGUGGAUGAUGAAGUGAUGUGUGUAUAGUAUAUGGUGUGAAUCUGAUAUGAUAUAUAAACAGAUACGGAAUACUGAUAUUUUAGCUACCUUUAUGGUCGGUUUUGACGACAACAUCUGUUCUCAUAGGAAAUAAAUGAUGAAAGGGA